AUGUUCUAUUCUUUUCAUUUUCAGGCCUCUAAUGGUCCUUGCGGUCUCUCCGGAGCGUUAAACGAGAAGGCACAACCCCCGCCACCGGAAUUUAUCGCGCAUCGAAAUAAGCUAUGGGCCAAACUGCGGAAAGAGUAUGAGGAGUUCGUGGCAGCUCAGCCACGAGCUCCGAUUCAGAUAACACUUCCGGAUGGUACAAUUAUCGAUGGCAAAGCCUGGGAAACUACGCCCAUGGAAGUCGCCAAAUCCAUCAAUAAAAAUCUAGCGGAUUGUGCAGUCAUCGCCCGGGUAAAUGGCGAGUUGUGGGAUUUACUUCGACCUUUCGAAAAGAGUGCCACUUUGGAGGUGCUAAAUUUCGAUCACAAAGAUGGUCAGUACGUGUUCUGGCAUUCGUCCGCCCACGUCCUUGGUGAAGCUAUGGAACUCACAUUUGGCGGACAUCUGUGCUAUGGACCACCAGUUGAGGAAGGAUUUUACUACGAUAUGUGGUUGAAUCAUGGGUUCCCCUCCCCCACUAUCUAUUCUAGAGAUUCCAAAGGGCUCGGUCCGGAGGAUCGUGCUGUACUGGAUAAUGUUUGUCGACGAAUUUGUAAAGAAAAUCAACCAUUUGAACGCCUGGAAAUGACCAAAGAAAACCUUCUGGAAAUGUUUGCCUAUAACGAGUUCAAAUGUCGCAUUAUUCGAGAGAAAGUGACCACACCGACGACAACUGUGUAUCGUUGUGGUCCGCUGAUCGAUCUAUGUCGUGGACCACACGUGCGGCACACGGGCUGUAUCAAGUCCAUGAUGGUGACCAAGAGCAGCGCAGCCUAUUGGGAAGGACGUGCGGAUGCGGAGACACUGCAGCGUGUAUAUGGCAUUUCGUUCCCGGAUCCAAAGCGAUUAAAAGAGUGGAAACAUUGGCAGGAAGAGGCCGCGAAACGCGAUCACCGCAAACUGGGCGUAGAGCAGAAGUUGUUCUUCUUCCACGAAUUGUCCCCGGGUAGUUGCUUUUUCCUACCUGCCGGUGCACACAUCUACAACACACUGAUCGCUUUCAUCCGUGCGGAAUAUUGGCGUCGUGGUUUCCAGGAGGUAAUCACUCCGAACAUGUUCAAUUCAGCUCUGUGGGAGACCAGUGGACACUGGCAACACUACAGUGACAAUAUGUUCAAAAUCGAUGUGGAAAAACAACAAUUCGGGUUGAAACCGAUGAACUGUCCUGGACACUGUCUUAUGUUUGCCAAAGAAAUUCGUUCCCAUCGAGAUUUGCCACUGCGCUAUGCCGAUUUCGGUGUGUUGCAUCGGAACGAGUUCUCCGGUGCUCUGACGGGUCUGACACGUGUACGACGUUUCCAACAAGAUGAUGCGCACAUUUUCUGUCGUGAAGACCAGGUAAGCCCACACACCCAGUUUCACUGUUCCAAUUUGUCUGUCGCUUCGGUUCUUAUUCGUUCGCCGAGCUCCGUUGCCAUUUUUUGUGCUUAUUGA